AUGGAGGAGGGUUCAUCCGGAGCGAGGAAGGUUCACCCGAGAGAGAAGAGGGAUGGAUCCCUUGAUAGAAACCAGGAUUUACCCCAGAGUAAGAUGGAAUUGGAGAUAAGAGAGGGAAUUCCCUGGAUGAAAGAGAAGGCCUGGGAAAUGGGAUCAAGUUGGCUGGGUUGGGCAUGGAUGAAGUGCCCACCCUCUUCUUAA